UUCUCGCCUCCUCCCGCAGAUAUGACUGAGAACAGCUGACUAAAAUCGCAUUCCUAGAUGCCCCGUCUACUUUGGGUUAAUUUAUUUCUCGUUUGAGGAUUAUAUUGUGGACUCCAAUGGCUUUUAAAGACUCCUGAGGGGGGAUUCCUGAAGCUCGUCCUGGACCUGGACAGAACUGUACCUACCUGUCAAUAUGUCCAGCUGGAGUGUUAUAGUCUGCACGCACAUUGCUUAUGGAAUAUAGCCUGUUCUGUCACCAUUUUUACGCACUCUCCGUCAGUCCCGUGAAGAAGAAACUCGGGCUCCUCUUCAUCAUGCUGCUCCUCUGGGUCUACAUGCUGUACUCCUGCGUGGGCUACUGUGCCAGUAUGCCACCAAGUUUAGUUGUGGACAAUAAUAAUAACAACCGAGCGAAGGAGACGGAGUUUCUCGGGAAAUAUGCCGAGGCAGAAAGUGGCCGGCCGGACCUGAUGAUGUCCAAGCUCCUGUCCAGACCGCAGAGCUCGUGGACGGACGUGGAGUCAGAUUAUGAUGAGCCUACGGUACAGAGAGCUCCCAGAGACUUCAGUAAAGAUGAAGUGGACCUAGACCGAACAGACGAGUGGGACGACGGACGGAGAGUUUCCCCACUGUCAAGUUUCUCCAACGGCUCGGGCAGUAAGAAGCUGCCUCAGGCAAUCAUCAUCGGAGUGAAGAAGGGCGGGACGCGCGCGCUGCUGGAGUUUCUGCGCGUGCAUCCAGAUAUCCGCGCGGUCGGAGCCGAGCCGCACUUCUUCGACCGUAACUAUGACAACGGACUGGACUGGUACAGGGACCUGAUGCCUAAAACCCUGGAAGGCCAGAUCACCAUGGAGAAAACACCAAGCUACUUUGUGACCCACGAGGCUCCGGCCCGGAUCUACGCCAUGUCCCGCGACACCAAACUGAUCGUGGUGGUCCGGGACCCCGUCACACGAGCCAUCUCUGACUACACGCAGACGCUGUCCAAGAAGCCUGACAUUCCUACUUUUGAGAGCCUGACGUUCAAAAACAGGACUACAGGGUUGAUCGACACGUCGUGGAGCGCCAUUCAGAUCGGCAUCUAUGCCAAACACCUGGACAACUGGCUGCAGUUCUUCCCCAUGAGCCAGAUCCUGUUCGUGAGCGGAGAGCGGCUGAUCAGUGACCCGGCCGGAGAGCUGGGCCGUGUGCAGGACUUUUUGGGGCUCAAGAGGAUCAUCACAGACAAACACUUCUACUUCAACCAGACCAAGGGCUUCCCUUGUCUCAAAAAGGCAGAGGGCAGCAGCAAGCCCCAUUGCCUGGGUAAGACCAAAGGGCGGACCCAUCCAAACAUUAACCCUGAGGUUGUGCAGAGACUUAGAGACUUCUACAGGCCUUUCAACAUGAAGUUCUACCAGAUGACUGGGCAUAACUUUGGUUGGGAUUAACCGUGAAUGGAGGACUUGUUGUUUUCUUUCUUUUUCUGUGUAUUUGAAAUGGCAAAAAGACAUUGAGAUGAUUGCUAUAUAUAUGUAAAAUGUACAGAAAUCUAUUUUAUAAUAAUUUAUUUUUAAUUUCUAAGCAAUUAAUUCACUAAGCUGCCUAACCAUAUUUUACAUAACGUACAGCCCAACUCUAGUCUCACCAUCGACAUUCCACCGUUUUGAUUUGCUUUGCGUAUUUCCACUAAGAAUUAAUUUAAUGGUGCUUCCGGAUUCGAAAAUGGUCUGAAAAAAAAAAAAAAAGUUUGUUACGGGUAUUGUGCAUUUAAUACAAACCAACAGCGUCAUUUGCGCUUCAUUCAUUUCUGAAUGUCCAGUGAUGUGCAUCUUUAUGAAUGAACUGUAUUUCACUCUCUGACCACAUUUCAUGUGUCAUUACACUCCAUACUGGCCUGAGUCCUACUAUGUUCGGCUGAUAAGCAAGAGCUGAUCUGAUCGGUCCCUUUACUCAAUAACAUGACGAUCAAUACCCCUAAUUGCUACUUAGCGUCACUCAUGUUUAGAGUCAACCGCUGGCCUUUCACUCGCAGGUUCCUGUAAUGAAUGACCAGUACGUCGAUGGCUAAAUCGUAUCUCAGACAACAGCAAAGCAGCAUGUAGACAUUAAAUCUGAAUUGAUCGAUUGGCUUCCUCCAGCCUCAGAAACGGCCUGCUGUCCUAUCUGAGAGGUGCAAAGGUCAAGAUAGCUUUGAAAGGAACUGGAUUUGUUUAAAAAAGCAAGAGCCAAAUGAUGACAUAUGAGCCUCAUAGAUGCCAGGCCCCUAUCUUUAUGAAGCUUUACUCAAAUGUGACUCAUACUAGAACAUAAAACCCCUAACAUGAAAAGUAGCAUUUCUCGUUCAUCCCAUCAAAAUGCGUUUCACGCCACAUCUCAUUCUCCUCUUCUUGCCAAAUUUGAACAAGCUUGCAUUGAGAUGCCUCAUUGUUCAUCUUUUUCUCAUGCAAGUCUUCACGUGCUUUUGUAUGUCUUUCUACUUGAAAGCACAGAAAAAAAGUCGGUCACUCUUUAUCUGUGAAAUUCUUUCCGUGACCACUGAGAUGGCGGCUGUCUCGAAGGCAAGAUGAAUGAAUGGGCUUCAUGCAGCUCUGGUUACUGUUCACUCAGAGCACCUGAUUCAGGAUCAGCUCACAAUGAUGGGUUUAGGUGUGGGGUUUGAAGAGAGCAUGGAGCCACCAUCAGGCUGAGAUGCUGUAGAUGGUGAGGUCACAGGGAGGUUUUAAGGCAGAAUAUUGCAUUUGCAUUAGGAAUGUACUAGAACUUCACCUUUUUCAUCCUUAUUUAAUAUACUGGAAAAUGAAAUGCAGAGGGAAACUUUUGUCUAAUUGUUUGGUUUUGGAUGGAUGCAUUU